GUGCGGUUAGGUUGUCUUCCAGUUCGUUGUUCGGGUUAAAACUAGGUAGCUGCUAGUUUUGGAUCAAUCAGAUGUGUGGUAUAAGUGUGGUUUUUUCCUUUCUCGUUUGUAAACUUUGGUGAAAAUUGUCACCAAAACAUAGAACGUGUGACCUUUAUCCGAUAAAUUCGUGAAAAAACCUUGGUUAGUUUUGCACUCAUGAAUGGUGCAUGUAUGAAACCCGUGUGUGCGCGAUAAAUCACCCAUUCAAGUGCUCUUUUGGAUACCUGUGUGCUACGCCAAGGAGAACGAAAAGAUUGGCACCACGCAAGCGUAACUCACCUAUGGAAGUUUACUUUUUCAAGUCGCACGCACACUGCUGCAGCAAAGAACGCAUCCCGUCCCGACGUCGCCGUCGUCUGUUGUGCUCUCUGCUGGCAGGUUGACGAUGAUGGAAGCACCUGAAACGGAUAUUAUCUUCUCCAUACGUGCUUAUCGCUUUCUCGUUGUCUUGCCGUCGUCGUCGGUGUGCAAAUUUGAGUAAAGUUUGCGAAUAAAAGGGUUUACUUUUCGCUGCAACGUUCGUGGUGGCUCGAGUGUUGCAUAAACAGGUUUUUAUCAGUCGUUCCGCUCGCUUGUGUAUCGGUGUGUUAGUGUGUACAUUCUAGUGGCUGACUGGCUAGCUGGCUGGCAGCAGACAGCCUACUUUCAUCGCGUCGUUUGUGGUUGGUGGCCUAUCUAGCAGUAGUUAGUAAGUGGAUCAGCCGGGCGUGUUAUUAUUGGAUAAAGCGGUGUCGUAUAGUUCGUCGAAUGGUUUAGUGGAUUGUUUCAAGGUAACCAAGAAUUGAGUUCAGAUUAGUUUGGGUGAGAUUCACAAUUGUAUUUUUCUGACUGGUGGUUUUUGGAACCAGGUGGUGUAAGUUCAAGUUGAACCUGUUAAUGUUCAAGUGUGCAAAAGAGUUCAAGAACACACAACAUCCGAUUCACCGACUGAAAACAAAACACAAAAGGGCAAUAAUCGUUUGAGACGCUUGUUUAUUUGCGAGGUGUUAUUGAACGAUUUGAAGUUGAGAUUUAUUUGAACCUCAUGAGUUGGCUGCGAAGUAACAAGUGUAAAUGCCGGUUAAAGAUUACCCAUCACUGAAGAGGUUUUUUGAGAUUAUCCACCGAGCUGAACCCAGCGCAGAAGUUGUGGUGUGACCCGGAUACUACGCCAACGCUGCUCCGGUAAAAAGACACCGACGACGACGGUCGAAUUUUUCGCCGUGCAAAAACUUUGCACCGGGACCCGGAGGACGUUCUGCAGCGACGACGACGACGACCGUGUACUGUGGGUACUCGCUGAAGAACCAGUGAUCUGUUCAUGUGUGCAUGCAGUUUUUUAUUGUUAUUGGUGAAGCUGCCACUACCUGUGUGUUGUUGUUGCUGUCAGGAAAAAUGGGCGAAACGUAAAGUGCAAAAGUGAUUGUUCGCAAAGCAAAAUAUUGUACGUUGCAGGCAAAUUGUGUGAGGUAAUACAGAAAGAAAAAAGCGUGGAGCGGAAAAUUGCAGCCAAGCAACAUACAAAAAAAAGAGUGCAAUUGUAUCGAGAUCGGUUGGGUUUUGUCGUUCAGCUGCGUGAAUGUAGAAGUGCUUUCGCCUUAAAGCAGCAAUCAAGUGUGUGAGAGAGUUAGUGAUCCGCGAUUGGGUUGGAUGUUACAACAACAGCAGCAACAGCAACAAACAACAACAACAACAACACGGCCCGAAGUGUGUAAUUUGUGUUUAAAAACGAAAGUUUCUGUUGCUGUGUACCGUUGGCUGAUCCCGUUCACGGUUCAGAUUGCAGAGACACAAGGAGUGCCCCCUAUUAGAUCGAUUGCAGCAGCAGCAGCAGCAGUAGUAGACCCGCGGAGAUUGACCUCGUCUCGGAGCGGCUUUUGUUGAUUGCAAACUAGUUUCCUGUCGUUCCCUCCCGUGCCGCGUUGCCCGUACCGCAACCAGCCAUCCUAGUGCCGGCAGUUUUGCAAUUCUCCGGGCCGGUUUUUCGACUGCGUCUACAACAAAACACGUGGCGUGGCGGUCCAUGAACACAGAAGAACUGGUUUGCAAAACUGCAGUAAUAAACUACAACGGCAGCGAAAUCGCAGCAGAAAAAGAUCUGUCUGUUUGUUCGCCGUCGGGUUGCAACUCAAAGUCGGGAGGAUUGUUUGCGUUCAUCAAUUAAGUUACAAUCGGGCGCCGAGCCAAAUCCGCGCAAGCCCAAUUAAGAUGCGUCGUCGCUCGACGAUAGCCCCGAAACGCCGCCGGAGUCGGGCCGACCGAUCGAACAAGAUAACCGAGUGAAGCUCAAAGUUUGAGUGAGCUGCAGUUGACUGGACGUGACUGAGUUCCGAAAACAAACAAAAAAACUUGUAACAAAGCAGCCAAACCAAACCACGGCGAAGCGAGAUCUGCAGAAGCCAAGUGCUAAUGUAAUUAGUAAAUUUUCCAACCAACCAACCAACCAACGGCUAUCAUCUCUGAAGCGUGACUUCCGAAUACAGCCGGCCAGGCAGGCUAUCGUUUCUCCAUGCGCCAUGGCGAUCUUCGAAGCGAUCGCCGUCAUCAUCAUUAACUAACAAAACACGAACUCGUCGGUUGUCGGCGGCGGCAUAGCGUUCAGAUAUUGAACGACCUGCAGCACUGCUUGAAACUAGAGCGCCGAACGCGUCAGCAUCAUCAUCAUCGUCAUCCAUCAUCAUUCGCACCACCAUCAUUAGCCAUCACCGGCAUCGGAUUCGGAAGUAAUAACUUCACUCACUCGAUUCGACCACUACAACUACCACCAGCGCAGCCACGAACCCACGACGAGAGCAACAAGCAACAAGCACCAGCGGCGGUGGCCGAAAAUUGAGCUUCGAUAUCAGCAAAAUGGAACACGCGGAUUUAGUUUCCGAGAUGGUUCAGGUCGAGCAUCUUUCAACGCAGGAUCGGCUGCAUCUCGCGCGGAUGCGCCGCGCGCAGCAGCUGAAGGUGGCCAAACAGCGGGAGAAGGAAUGGCUCAAGGCCCAGCGCAGCAAGGACCGGAUGGCGGCCAACCAGCAGCACUACAAGCGACACAUCACCUUCGAGGAUAGUGUGGUCCUGCUGGAGGCUGCGGCACGGAACGACAUAACCGAGGUGGCCAAACUGCUGCAGAAGGGCGUCACACCGGACGCCACCAACAUGGACGGCCUGACGGCGCUGCAUCAGUGCUGCAUCGACGACAACUCGGAGAUGCUCAACCUGCUGCUGGACUACGGUGCCAACGUGAACGCGCAGGACAGCGAACGGUGGACACCGCUGCACGCGGCCGCCACCUGCGGUCACCUGAAUCUGGUUAAGAUACUGAUCGGACGCGGCGCAAAUUUGCUGUCGGUCAACGCCGACGGCAACAUGCCGUACGACAUUUGCGACGACGAGGAAGCACUGGACUACAUCGAGGCGGAGAUGUCCAAACGGGGCGUCACGCAGGAACUGAUCGAUGAGACACGGGCUGCAACCGAAACGCAGAUGCUGCGGGACCUGCAGGACCUUGCCGAACGGGGUGCAGACUUGGAAGUACCUGACAGCCAGGGGGCGACGCCGCUUCACAUAGCGUCCGCCAAUGGCUACACGAGAGUGGUUGAGUUCCUAUUAGAGCAGCAUGUCUCGACCGAUGCGGUGGAUCAUGACCUCUGGACGCCGGUGCAUGCUGCCGCUUGUUGGGGUCACCUGGAAGUGCUGGAAAUGCUAGCGCAAAGUGGCGCCGAUCUAAAUGCCAAAAACAAGAAUGACGAAACGCCUUCCGAUAUCUGUGAAGAUCCGGAGAUUCGGGAACGAAUAGAGCAACUUAAGUCGGAACAAGAGAGCAAACGACUGGCCGAAGCCCAGCGCAAGCGGGUUCGACGGUCCCAAAGCAAUAACACCAGGGCACAAUCCGUUCGGCGGACUUCGUUACGGGAUAAAGGUCUCACAACCAAGAAGGACGCCGUCGAGGAAGCUCGCUUCCGAUUACAAGCGCAAGAGGGCUACACGACGCCGGAUGGUGCGACGAUACCGAGCGGUAACACAAUGGCGCCCAACGGUGAAAACAAUAACCAAUCAUCGUGGUCAUCACGAUCUAACAGUUCCCAUGCUUCCUCUUCCAUCAACUCCACAGCCGUCAGUAAUAGCAAAACCACCAACGGUCAUCUAAAUUCUGUGAAUAAUAACAACAACAGCAGCAUCAACAGCAAUAGCAGUAAUAACAGCACGAGUGUGACGUCAAUUAACGGACUUAGUAAUAAUCGCUACAACAAUCACCUGAACAAUAACAACAACAACAACAAUAAUAGCAAAGAUCACAACUACAUGCACGGAGCGACCACUACCUCAUCGUCCUCGUCGGCCUACUCGACGUCCUCUUCGCAGCCGAACUCGCUGAUCCAGUACGACCGUCGAUCACCGGAGGGCAAGGACAAUGAUUCCUUCAUGAGCGAAAGCAGCGGUGGUAAGAUUCUCAGUAGCAACAGCAACAACAACAACAACAACAUCAACAGUCUCAAAUCUCACUCACCACUACCCUCUUCCGCAUCUUCAUCAGUCAAUGGCAAUCUAGUCAGUAGUAGCAAUAGUAGUAAUCUGCAAUCAAACAUUCCAAACUCACUGAUGACGACGACGACGACGGCGGCAUCGGUAGCGGCGGUGACGGCUUCGACGAGUACGGCCACUGCCACCACGGAAGUGUACUCGACCUCCAACAACGAGAACGGAAAGAUCAACGUCCAAGUCACCGUCCUAGUGGAUCCAUCUGUCGCAGGAACGCUGGCCGACCUGAAGAAGCACCGUUCGCAGAACCGAUCGAGCGUUAGUCCGGAGAACGGAUCGCUGCUGAGUGCCCAAAGCCUGGGCAGCCUGACGAAUGGGGCCGGUGGACAAUCGCUGGAGCUGGCGCUAGUUUCGUCCGCCGAUCAUCACACUUUUGCUCAGCAGUACGGCGGAGGUGGUGGUGGUGGUGGCAGUGGCGCCACCAGCGGAGGAGAUAAGUCCGCCAUCUCAACGCUGAGCAAUGCAACCGGAAAUGGGACCCUGGCGACGGUCGAGGGUAACGGGACACCGAGUGGGACGAUGAAUAAGUUCAGUGGCAACACAAGUGACGUUGUCAGUGAUAGUACCCGAUCGCGGCGAUGCUGCGUGCUGAUGUAAACUAACGAUCGGAGAGGAGAGGGUAAGUGUGGUUCCGACCCAUCGGAACCGGGAUGGAUAUUGUCUGUUUUAAGCAGCUACAUACAAGAGGGAACUGAAAGUUGUGAUACACUGUGAGGAAGGUUAAGAAACCUGGUUAAUAACCCUGCGAGGGUUCCAACUGUGUUUUGUAAAUAUUGCAUGUAAAGUAGCCACCGUCAAAAUAUUGUUCGCGUUAUUUUUUUCUGUUCUGGAAUCCGGUAAGCAAACGAUUUCUUUAGUAUUAUUAAACUAUAUCAGCAGAAGGUAGCAACAAAAUUCAUCACUUAUUCAGUAUUCAGUAUAGUACUUAAUAGGAAGAGUCGAUUUUCUGUUUUAUUUUGGUUUGUUAGUUCAGCAAGUUUAUCGAGUAAAUAGCAUGUCUCACGUUCGACGACGCCUACUUAGCCAAAUACAGAAACCUAUGCACGUGUAGGGAAAUCACACACAUAGACGAAGGAAUAUAUAUGUUUAGAAAACAAACAAUAGCAGCAUAGCAUGUGUGUUCAGUAAAUAAAUCAUUCAACAAGUUGGAGAUUGUUUUCAUCUACAAAAUAAUUUUACCAGUGUCUGUAAAUGCUUUUGAUUUCAUGUUCUUGACUGUACUGUUUUACUAUCUCUGAACGCUUUAAAAUGAAUGAAUAGCAGCUACUGAAACUUAAUGUGGAAAUGUUUAUGUUAAUUCUAAACUUUUACAAUUAUGACUUGGAAUCGAAACUACCUUGUUUUUUUUUCACCCAGAAUUAUGCAAAACCGUUCAGCCAACCGAGGGCAGCCUGCGCAAUUUUCAAGUAGGGUUUUCACCUUUGAAAUUAAAACUUCUAACCGAAGCGGCUCUGAGUCAAUAUCUAUCUACCGACGAGUGCAGUGUGUUUUUAUUUAUUUUUUCUUCUUUGGCCAGGUACUUGACUUGACUUAACUGACCGUAACAAAAUUAUUCGAUUCCACAAUACUGCGCCUGUUCGUCGCGUAUACACGCAUUCUCUCCUCACCACAAUUGGUAAAUAAUUCAAUCAACCAAACGAAAGGAAAAUUUUGAAUUGGAGUAAAUUUCCAAUUAUCUAUUGCAUCGACAAACAUUUUUAAAGCUUUGUUUCGCGUGAAAUCGAAAGCAAAAGCAGACAUAGUUUAGGGUAAAAUUCUACUUCUUUUGCUUGCAGCCAACAGUAAACGAGAACUUUGUUCCGUAGAAUAGCACUUUUAGCCUACAAAACUCAUUCGAAUCGGUGUGUAAAAUUCUCAAACAAUUGGAUGCAUACAGUAAGCAACCAAAAACAAAACAAAAGUCAUCAAAUUGUUGUUACUAAGGAAUCCUAACAUGUAGUGCUAAUCGCCUGAGUAUGAGAGUUACAAAACGAAAACAGAGUGAGUUUUCCCGUGAGGAAAAAACUGAAACAAAACAAUAAUCUGAUAUGGAAACAGCAAAUAGCAGGCGUAGGCUGUAAGGCGUAGAAUGUAAAUAUUCUGUAAAGUUUAUACCUAUACUCAAUUUCGUUUAUAAAAUAGUCGAAGAGUCGUUGAACAAUUAUAUUUACAUCAUCAGCAUCAUCAUCAGUAUAGCAAAGCAAACUCCUGAAAAAGCAAAUACAAACAACCCACAUUCUAACCAACCAUCCUAGCUUAAAAGCACACCACCUCGUUCGUCGUGAUUAAUCGUUUCAAGAAGGGUGAGUAAUAAUACAAAUUAAAUAUUGAAACCGAAUGUUCAUUUCACAAAACCACAAGCAAUCGAAAGCAAAAGCACACCAGACCUUCUUCUUAUGGAAUAAACAAUAAAACAAACAAAGUGAAUAUCAACCAAUCAACCAUCCACCAAGAAGAUGGCGGAAGGCACGGAUAUCCUCGUAAAAACCACAACAACCCAAAAAAUGCUGUUCAUUAUUUGUAAAGGUUAUUUGUUAUAGUAUUGUAACAUCCGUCGUCGUAUACUUAUGGCUCAUUAUUAUUAUUAUUAUUAUUACUUUUUUUUGUUACAAACUCCUCACGACAUUUUAGUCACAAAGAUCCAAGGAAUAUCGUUAUCGAUGCAAACUAAGAGACAGAGAGAAUAUAUUCAAACAUAUUUAAAA